AUGUGGGGCUCCAGUAAGCGGGAUACAGUGGAAGACACCCUGCGAUGGAAAACCAGUCGACUGAAGGAGCUGACUGAAUUCGGAAGUGAAACAAAGACCCUGACCCUCGGACAUGAGCGGCAGUUUGGGCCAAGACACAGUGGCCUCCAAGCAUUGAGCGGAGCAGGCCGAAACAUUUUGGCCCACAAAGCCGGGCAGAAUGCUAAGGAAAGCUCCUACUAUGCUCACCUUGCAGCAGAUAGCGAACUGGUCUUCAGGGAGAAGCCAGUGCAGAUUGGAGAGGAUGACAUCUCGAAGGAUGAACUUUUUGAAUCCCCUGUGUUGGUUCUAGUUUUACAUCCAAAGUACCUCAACCAGAAAUGUUGGCACCUGGAAACCAAGAGGUGGCACUACACACAGCGUAGUGAACAGAACUUCUGCUACAGGUGGACCAUUAGCAACUUCUCUGGUUUCGUUGAGGAAAUGGGGGAAUGUAUUACAAGUCCGACAUUCCCAUCAGAGGCCAAUGACAAAGUGGCAUGGUGUUUGAGAGUAUACCCAAAUGGGGUUGAUGAAGAAAGCGAAGGUUACCUGUCACUUAACCUGAUGUUGCUCAGCUGUGAAAAGAGCCCAGUUUGGGUAAAGUUUAAUGUUUGUAUCUUAACUGCCACAGGGGACAAAUGCAAUAAUGCAAGGAGCCCACAUGUCUAUAGUUUACUGCCGCACCAAGCCUUUGAAUUAAAAAAGUUCAUCCUUCUAGAUUUCCUCUUGUCUCAAACCGAAUUGCUAUUACCAGAUGACAGACUUACCCUCCUCUGUGAGAUGAGCAUGGAACAAGGCUCCUUCAGCAUUACUGUACAGAACGCAAGACCUCCAAUCAAUAUUCCAAGGUACACGUUGCCAGAUGACCUAGGGGAGCUGUGGGAGAGUUCCCUCUUCACAGACUGCUGCCUGCUAGUAGGUGGACAAGAAUUUAGGGCACACAAGGCCAUCCUAGCAGCUCGCUCUCCAGUUUUCAGAGCCAUGUUUGAACAUGAAAUGAAGGAAAGCCUAACAAAUCAAGUUGAGAUCCAAGACCUGGAUCCCCAAGUCUUCAUGGCGAUGAUGGACUUUAUCUACACUGGGAAGGUGCCACACCUCCACAGCCAUUCCAUGGCCACUGGUGUGCUGGCAGCUGCUGACAAGUAUGGCCUGGAGGGUUUGAAGGUCAUGUGUGAAGAUGAACUCUGUGGGAACCUCUCUGUGGAGAAUGCUGCACACACUCUCAUCCUGGCUGACCUUCACAGCACAGAGCAGCUGAAGACUCAGACCCUGGAUUUUAUUGCACUUCAUGCUUCUGAGGUCUCUGAGACCUUGGGGUGGAAGUCAAUGGUGGAGUCACAUCCCCACUUGGUGGCUGAAGCAUUCCACUUCCUGGCUUCUGCAAGAGUGUUUACUGGGCCAUCUUUCUCAAAGGACUUAGUAGUCUUUAAGACCUAA